GUUUUUUUAUGCUGUCAAAGGAUACACACCAAUUCAUUUUCACCUUCCUGUUUGUGCUGUUGGAUUAAUUGUUGGUUACAUCUUGGCGACUAAAAGAGGCCAUAUACCAGAACAUAUUAAUGCCAUAGGCUGGUUUCUAUCAUUUAUGACAUUCUUUACAAUAAUGACUUUGACUUACAAGUGGAACCAAGGAGCGCACGCUCACCCAGGCGUCUUUGUCUCAACUUUAUAUGGCUCCACUCACAGACUGGCUUGGGGUCUGUGUUUAGCGUUUAUAACAUUAUCGUGUACUUGGGGUCAAGGCGGAAUCAUCAAUAGUAUUCUGAGUUGGGAAGGCUUUGUACCAUUCGCAAGAUUGAGCUACAUGGUGUACCUCAUUCAUCAUGGUCUAAUGUAUAUUUAUACCGGGUCCAUAAGGCAGUCAAUGCAGUUCGGACAUCGGACUAUGAUCUUCAUAUUUCUCAAUAAUAUGUUCCUCAGCUUCCUGACAGCUUUGGUGCUAGGUUUAAUCUUCGAAUCGCCUUUAAUGGCAUUACAUAAAGCAUUUUCUGAUGGAAAGCUGAGAAAAAAAAUUAUGCCGGUCAAUAUAGCGAAUGGAACUGCUAUAUAUAUGAAUGCUGUGUGAAUAUUGAACUCUGUGAAUAUGAAUGACUUAUUUUUAAAGACGUCUUCAUUGAGAAGUGUGUGUCAGUUUUUCAUUCAUGCUGUCUUAAAUCCAUUGGUAAUUUCCAAACUGUUUUAACCAUUCCUAUGCUGUCAAUCACAAGCUGUUUAAUUAAUAAAAAAAUUUUAAAAAGUUAAGAUUAAGAAAAAAAUAUCCAAAUUUUAAUGCAUAGUAAUGAGCAGAUAUCAAUUAAUUGUUUUGAAACAUUGCAAAUAUGGAAUUCAUAACGUUUUAUAUUCCACCUAUGCUCCAGAUCAGGUGAGGAAAAUUAAUUCCUUUUCUUCAGAUGUAUUUAUUGUUAAGAAUCCUGAGAGAUUUUCGAUAAAAAGAAGAAAAAAACAAUUCUUUUUAUGUCAUAAUUUAAGUUAAUGAUGCAGAGAUGCCAACUUGCUCCGAACAGCAAAUGCAUAUUUUUAAGUGGUAGUUCAGCAAUUCUAUGCAUCUGGAAAAGCAAGCAAAAGUAGUCAAAUAUUUCCAAAAUUUACUUGGUAGUUAUUUACCGUUUUUUAAUUAUUUUGGCGUGUCCGGAGCAGUUGGCAUCUCUGAUGAUGUUGUAAUCAAUUCAGUACUAAACUUAUUUAUGUAAACAAUAAUCAUACUUUUGUUUAAUAAACAGGGAUAACAAAACUUAAAAUAGAGUAUGCAUAGUUUUUUAAGUUUACGAACGAUUUCUAGUCAUUAUAAAUAUUUCUAAUAGACAGUAGCUAUUUUUUUAAUUAUGACUUUAUACUAGAAAACUACACUACGAAAUUAUGCACAGAACUGAAUAUUAAUAUCGACGCAGAUAAUUAAGCUAAAAUAUUUCCGAUGUUCUUUUAUUUAUUGAUUUUUUUAUAUAUAUUGAAGUAGGUUAUGAAAAAUAAAUACUGUCACAUUUGAGCUCCUAAAAUAUGCUCCUUCCCCUGUAGAACUUCAAGGUCAUUUUUUUAAAAGUUAAAAAAAAGUAUGUUUUAAGGGAUUUACCUAAAAUAAAAACACCCUAAAAUUUUGUUUUAUCAUAUCAUUAAUGUAUCGCUGCUUAAUUAUGGACAUCCACUCGUUUCAUGGAGCAUUGUUGCGUUUCAGAGUUAUGCUUUAUCAAAUAGUGAAAAAAUUCAAUUUUCAGCAUUUUUCUGCCCUGAUAAUCUUAGUAGAACCCAUUAAUUUCUUUACUUAAUAUUAAAACUCACAGUUAGGACAAGCUCUGAUACCCAGCACUUUCCAGGGAUAAUGAUGCUCCUAAUAGAUAACUUUCAUUCGAACUUUCAAAAAAUUUUAAAUCUACAUUCAACUAUUUUAUUUUACUUCUUGUUGGUGAAUGUAUCGAUAGACAGGUGCAAAAGAAAAAACAA